GUACUAAUAAUUCUCCAUUAACACACUCUACUCUGUUAAAUUCUCUCGCCAUUCGCCAUGGCUUAUUCUUCACCGAAAAUUACAUAUAUUUUUCAUUUUUUUUGAGUAUAUAUUAAUAUUGUCAUCAAAAUUUGAUGUCUGGUUAUUAUUUAAAUCUAAAAUUUUCCUGCCACUUUUCGUUUUCAAUUCUUUCUUUCUUUUCCUGAUUUCCGAUCAUUUCCAAUCGUAUCUAUUUUUUUCCUCUUUUUUUCUUCCGGAGCUCAGAGAUCGAAAAAGUUUCUCACAUUUUCCUUUUGCGUUUGAAGAUUGGUAAAUGGAAAUUUGGAGAAAAUAAGAGUAAUUCGUUGUGAAAAUUCUAAUAAACAAAAGCAAUUUUUUAUUAAAAGAAAACAAGUAAAGAAAAUAAAAUAAAAAUGACAGAAACGGAACCGUCGAAGAAAGUGGCGGAUAGGUAUUUGAAACGCGAGGUUCUUGGUGAAGGUACUUAUGGUGUUGUCUACAAAGCCAUCGAUACGAAGACAGGACAGAUUGUUGCAAUUAAGAAAAUUCGUCUUGGAAAGCAAAAGGAAGGGGUUAAUUUUACCGCACUCAGAGAAAUUAAACUUCUGAAGGAGCUUAAAGACCCCAAUAUAAUUGAGUUAACAGAUGCAUUCCCACUCAAGGGUAACUUGCAUCUUGUGUUUGAGUUCAUGGAGACUGAUCUUGAAGCUGUUAUUCGAGACCGGAAUAUUUUUCUCUCACCAGCUGACAUCAAAUCAUACAUUCAGAUGACUUUAAAAGGGCUUUCUUUUUGCCACCGGAAAUGGGUUUUACAUAGGGAUAUGAAGCCAAAUAAUUUGCUGAUAGGACCCAAUGGUCAGCUUAAACUUGCUGACUUUGGAUUAGCACGCAUAUUUGGGAGUCCAGAUCGUAAGUUUACUCACCAGGUCUUUGCUCGAUGGUAUAGAGCUCCUGAAUUACUUUUUGGAAGCAAGCAAUAUGGUUCUGGCGUGGAUGUUUGGGCAGCUGCCUGUAUAUUUGCAGAACUUCUCCUACGGCGACCAUUUCUACAGGGCACAAGUGACAUUGAUCAAUUAGGAAAGAUCUUUGCAGCUUUUGGGACCCCAACAUCUUCUCAAUGGCCAGAUAUGUUAUACCUUCCUGAUUAUGUAGAAUACCAAUAUGUUCCUGCACCACCUUUGCGCUCCUUGUUUCCAAUGGCCAGUGACGAUGCUUUAGAUCUAUUAUUGAAAAUGUUUACUUAUGACCCAAAAGCUAGGAUUUCAGUGAAGCAAGCAUUAGAGCACAGGUAUUUUUCAUCUGCACCUCCACCUACCAAUCCAGCUAAGCUCCCUAGGCCUGCUCCUAAAACGCAAGCAUCAGAUUUUAAUCCCCAGGAAGGUCCCACUGUCCUUUCUCCCCCAUGGAAGUCAAGGAGAGUAAUGCCUGAUCGUGAGAGGUUUGAAGGUAAUUCCAACCAAAAGGAGAAGAUCGAUGAGCGUGUUGGUGAAGUUCGACAGGCAGUUGGUGAAAUUGCAGGAAAGGUUGAACAGGUACCAAUGUCUGUAGAUUUUUCAAUCUUUGGCUCAAAACCUAUGAGUAGGCCUACAAUUAACAGUGCUGAUAGAUCUCAUCUGAAGAGGAAACUUGAUCUUGAUUUCCAGCACAAUGAAUAAGAAAAAUAAAAGUCUACAUAUUUGUAUCUUUGCCAGUAUCGUGUUUAUGCAGCGUGGAUAUUUAUGAACUAUAUGGUGGCUCCUUGAAGUUUUUUGUUAACCAACCAAGGUGGGUUAUCUAUAUCCGCAACUUGGUUUCCUAUACAAUCAUAAAGAAGCUGAAGAUUUUUUAUUUUUCAGAGGAUUUUUCUUCACUGUGAAGGAAGAAGCGACAGGUGACUCCUUUUAACAUUUUGAUGAAAUUUGCAUUAUAUAGAAGGUAAAAAUUAAAACAUAGCUUGGUCUACAUAAACUAGACGAGAAAAAGAAUAAUUCUUUAUUUUUGUUGUUGAUAUUUUGGUGCUUGACGACAGCUUGAUGGUUCUGGUUUAUACAAAAAAAUGAUGUCUUAUUUAGUCA